UCACAAGUUAUCCAUCAAGUGACUAUCUCAAAAAAACCAAAGUGAUAUCAUUACAAGGCGAUAAGAAGCAUAGGCAAAAUGUCUAUUAAAGGAAAUAUUAUAAAUACUUAGCAACUGCUUAAAAUCAAAUUAGUUGCAUACUCGAAAUUCUACAAGCAAGAACGCGAAACUUCUAGCGAAAUGUAUAGCAAACUUUUGGCGUUUUUGCUGGUUGCCUUUCUGGCCAACCAAGUGACACCUAUCGCCUUCCACAGGAAUCAGGAAUUUUCUGCAACCGAACCUGCUGAGACCUUUGGCGCAGCAUUGCUUGCGUGGUAUAAGGCAUUUCAAGACAUUAUGCCUUGUGGCUAUCCACCCAUGGGAAUUCCAGUUUUGGCACCAUUUACCACGGAAUUUUACAGUUUCGAUUUUACCAAUGGAUACUAUAACCUCACCGGAAAUGUGUCCGAUAUUAUGGUGACUGGCCUCAACAACUAUAAAUUUUUACGUUUCAAUUUUAAUCAGACAACAAAUCGCACAACUUUUGACUUUAUCGUACCCGAAGUUAAACUCUUGGGCGAAAGUGCCUUUAAUUUCAAGGCUGUUAUGGCUGGUUAUCCGACAACAAUGGCCAACUCAGGUUUAUUGGAUAUGAAAGUAAUCGAUUUUCGUAUGGUCGGUGGCAUGACAAUGGGCCCAACGGCCACCGGUGGUGUGGCUAUAACGGAUUUCGAUCUUAACUUCUAUAUCGGUGAUGCCGUCUUCAAUAAUUGGAAUAAUUUGUGGGAUAUAGCCGCAAAUAAUUUCGCCAAUAAAUUGAUAAGGGAAUCCCUCUUGAUGUGGACGCAACAAAUUCAGGCUCAAGUCACUGAGAUCUAUGCUCAGUUGGUGUUGCCCACUGUCAAUGAGUUGCUGGCUGAAGUAACAAUGACAGAGGUGAUUGAUUAUCUGAUGGAAACAACAACUGUAUGGAAUGCUGCCGAUUGUACUUUAUAA